UCAAGAUGAAGACUUUGGCCAUCCUGGUUUUUUGCUCCCUGGCCGUUGCCUGUCUGACUUCAGACUCCAUGGACUCCAAUGGUGACGACCACGAUGACCACGACGACAACAAUCAUCGCAAUUACAACGACCAUAACAACAACAACAACCACCACAACAAUCACAACAACAACCACAACAGCCACAACAACCACAACAAUCACGGCCAUCAAGGAGUGUUUGUGGAGCGGACACAGGCUGCCGCAGUGGUGCCACCCAGGAGAGCUCCCGUUGAGCUGUCCCUGACCCAAUUGGAGAGCCUGAGAGAAGUGUGUGAGUCCAACCUGGCUUGCGAGCACAUGAUGGACACAGCCGGGGUCAUCGCUGCCUACAAUGCCUACUAUGGACCCAUUCCCUAUUAG